AUGCCUCCGCAGCAGGGUCCCUCGAUGCCGCGGGACGUGAAGGCGCUACAGAGGCAUGGCGAGUCACAGUAUCGCUGGAAAAACUAUAAAAAUGCACUCGAGGCUUUCUCAAAGGCCCUUGCGCUGGGACGAGGAGACUCAGUUGCUUUACUCAAUGGGAGAGCUGCCGCACAUUGUGCUCUCGGUGACCUGAAAGCUGGUUUGAGAGAUGGAAAACAAAUGAUCCGAAUCGACAAGUCCGACCCGCGGGGCUACCUUCGAACCGCGAAGAUCCUGCAGCUGAUGCAAAAAUUCGAGGAGGCUCACAAGCUUUAUUUCUAUUCUCUUCGCAUGAUAGAUGAACACGCUCCUGAACGUAAGCAAAUUGAAGCUCUGAUGCUGAAGACCAAGAAGCGCAUUAUCCCUCCAAAGCGAGUGGAUCCCUUAACCGUUCUAGCGCCCGAACUGGUGUCAAUGAUAUUGGAACAUUUAGAUUUGCAGUCCACAUUACGAUUCAUACAAGUCUCAAAGCUUUGGCUCAAGCUGGGCAGUGGCCUCUCGAGGCAGUGGAAAAAUCUCAACCUUACCGUCGCCAGAAGACCGGUCAGUCUCUCCGCAGUGCGAGCCUUUGUGUGCAGAACCAACGGCGGCGUGAAAGAAGCAAGCCUUGCCCGCAUAAAUCCCACCGUCAUACCAAAGGUCCUUGAGCUCUUGUCUCGCUGCCCGGACCUAAACUACCUUAAAGUGACUGCGGAGCAAAAGAUCGACUCUCUCCCUGUCGUCAAUUUGAAAAAUCUCAAAACCUUGAUCGUGCUCAAAUGCACGCUUUCAAGGGACAAAUUUUGGGAUAUAAUGUCGUCUUGCCCGCGCCUCGAGCGAGUGGAAGCAUUCGUCGACGUAUCCUCCGACACUCCUGGCUCUCUGCCGCAACUUUCAAAUUUGCGUUGUUUGAGGAUCCUUUUCAGCCACCCUCCGGGAUACCUCGUCACAGGAAACAUUCUUUUUCAGCAUCCCGAACUUAAAGAAGUGAUGCCAAAUCUUGAAGAGCUCCAUUUCGAAGGAGCCCCUUCCUCUCCUUGGGCGCAAGCUAUCUCUCUAUCAGAUUAUUCCAGCCUGAAGAAAUUCACGUACAUGAGGAUAUAUUUGCAUGGACUUCUUGUCUUGCCAGUCACGCUGGAGUACUUGCGUCUCGAACAUUGCACAUUCGCCCCUCCACUGCAGGGGAACCCACUUGGUCAAUUUUCCCGUCUGAAGAGCGCCAUAUUCCAGUUCUGCUAUCCCCUGAGUCCUGACAUGCUAGAGACGAUCCUAGUCAACAACGAGAAAACUCUAACUCACCUAACCAUCUCAUGGUGUUCGGACCUUGCGCAAGAGCACCUAGAACCUUUGAUCACCAGAGGCCUCUUCAGGUCAAUCACCCAUCUGGAUAUUUCAGGAGUCAUAGGCGUCAACGACGCCAUCACACCAUUAAUCAUCAACAACAUGUCCAACUUGAAAGUCCUUAAUCUCUCAGCAACCAGAAUCUCCGGUCUUACCAUCAAGCAACUCGUCGACGCAGAGACGCCGAAAAUUGAGAAAAUAGUCGUCGGCACUGUGAGUAGGGAUGCGAUAGAGUAUGGCCUCAGUCAAAAUAUACAGGUUUCACAACUGCCGUAGUGAAGGAGAAUACAACACUAUAUCCCUCGAAUAUAUAUGACUAUAUGUGCAGGGGAACGCUGUAUGGCUUGCAUGUUAAAUCCAGCCGAUCUUAAGCACCUCAAACCCGACUCUUCCACCGUCGCUUUCCCCCCACGCCGAAAAGAUAUCCCGAGCUGAGCUCACAUGAGUGUUUUCUAGCCCCCCUGGUGUGCUUCCUAGGACGAGUUCACCUUGUGGGAAGAAUACGAAGAUAACAUACCCGACAACUCUGGACCAACAUGUUUUAAUGUCGAGACACGUGAUUGAUGUGAGAAAAAAUUUUUGCGGACUCAGCCCAGAAGCGAUACACCCCACUCUGAACUUCCUCUCGCAUAACCUUUUCCGCGUGAGGGGAGGGAACUGGCGGCAUUUAGGCUCCCGCAUCUCGGAGUGAAGCUUUUACCCCUUGGUGGAACAGUUUAAAACGAUAGCGGGCCGUACCAGGCUUGAGAGGAUGGGAAAAGCAUCUGAAAAAACAAAAAGGACCAUAAGAAUGCCCAACUAUAUUUCGACUCGUUAAAACAGCUAGGAUCUAGCUAACACAGACAAAUGAAAUUCGUGACACGCCCUGUUCAGCGCUCAAAACUUCCCUUCGUGGUCAAGUCGCGGAAACAAGAAACGCAGCGCUUCAACGCAGCAGAAGGCGAAAAAAAAAAAGAAAUCAUCACAAUCUUUUUUCUUUCGCAGCAGAAAUCCACCAUAUUGACUUUUCGCUCGGGGGGUCUGCUGAUCCUCCUGCUAAAUGUAGACAAAAGAAAUGAAAAAAACUGAAGAACGCUGCAUCGUCCCGCCCUCGUAUAUACGUACAUACCGUAUGUAGCGGCGUCGGCGGUCUUUAUUUAUCUAGACGCCACGUUCAGCGCACCACCUUUCGACCUCCUUCGCCAGCUUGAUCCUUUGGUCGCGCACGGUCUCCAUCACCUCCUGUACCUGAUCUCUAUAGUGCUUCGUAGACCCCAGGUCUGCUUCACCGUUGGCGGCAGAGGACGAAGCACCGUUGGUUCCAGCUUCUUUACUGAUCAUAG